ACUUUUGUCUUGUGUGGCGUGAGUAAUGUCCGUGUUUACUCCACCUAUCGGCGCAUUUUACUCUGAUUCCAACACCGUAGAGUCCCGGUGAAGUUGAUGGAUUUACGCCUGGACUCAAACACACACCGAAGGCUUCAAUUCUGCUUUUGAACGGUUGUUGAGUUACAUGACGGGGACUUCAUGUGCUCACCAUGACGAGGGUCUGUCAGACUUCCGAUGUGCUGAGAAAAUGACCUUUACGAGGAUCAAAACAGACGGAAAAGUUGGACGGAGGAAGUUGAAGUAAAGUGAAUAUUAGCCAGCAGCGCUAGCAUGGCAAUUUAAUCGACACCUAUUUGACAUUUACAUACUGUUCGAUUAUAAAGUGUGCAAAUGCUAACGUGUAAAUAGUUUAUAGUCAACUUACUGUGUUUGUGUCGACACGCUGAUUGUUUUAGUACACACGGAGUUUAUUAGCUUGACUUGCUAGCUGUCAUUUGAACUACCUCUGAAGUCAGAAUAUAUUGUUUGUCAGAUUAUUUAUCGCUUUAUGCUAGUUUAAUCAGCAAACUUUUAAUGAUUUAUCGUUGUAAACACAACAAUUUCCACUGUGGCGAAAUAAGUCAUGACAUUUCAGUGUGAACUUUCUCCUAAAACCCGUUAGCAGAAACAAACAGACAUAAAUGCGACAUUUGUUGUUAAAUAGUAAACUUAGAAGUUAAAGAUAUUAAUAUGUGUGGUAAAGUACAUGUCAUUUAUUAAAAUGAGAAACAUUUGAGUUUAUAUUCUGUAUUCUAGAGUGUUUUAUUAGCAGUAAGUACAAACACUUUAUUUUGUAUGAUUAUCAAUAAAAAAGAUUUAAUCUAUAAAAAAUAUAUACAUACAAAUACACACAACUAUCGCUUUUCCUCCAUUUAAUCUCAUUGCUGUCUCUUAAACUUGAGAUUUCCAGUAAAAUGUCAGUUUGACAUGCUGUCAGUUUGCAGAUAUUGCAUUUAUAAUAGUUUACACAAACAAAUCUGCAUUUAGUAGAAACCUGGUUUUUAAUAAUCGCAAUUUUGAACAAUCUCAGUAUCAAUAAGCUACAAACAAAAUGUCUGUGUACUCAAAACUGCCCUCCCAGCUGAAGAAACCCCUGGUGAGAAAGGCUGUUGUCCUUCUCAUUGCGCUCUAUGGGGUGAAGAAACUAUCCCCGUACUUUUACGGCAAGCUCAAAGGAAGGACUAGUAAACAAGUUAAGGGCGCUGACCCGCUUACCUCCAAUGGAGAAGCCCAAGUGGAGGCUGCAAGGAAAAGGAAACGCUCACCAGCGGUGAACCGUGAGUUUUUCGACAGGUUGAUUCGCCUCUUGAAAAUCCUCUUUCCUCGGCUUUUCUGCAAGGAGCUCGGCCUGCUCGGUUUCCACUCUCUGGCUCUCAUUUCACGCACCUUUCUCUCCAUCUAUGUGGCCAAUUUGGAUGGACAAAUAGUGAAAACUAUUGUGAAGAAGGAUCCUAGAGCAUUUGUGGUGGAGUUAACCAAAUGGCUGCUCAUUGCUAUUCCUGCCACGUUUGUGAACAGUGCCAUCCGGUACCUGGAGGGUCAGCUCACCCUUGCUUUCCGCACUCGGCUGGUCACCCAUGCCUACAUGCUGUAUUUCAGCGAUCAGACCUACUAUCGUGUCAGCAACAUGGACGGCAGGUUGGCAAACCCUGACCAGUCGCUGACCGAAGAUGUGGUGAUGUUCGCUGCUUCUGUGGCUCAUCUGUAUUCAAACCUGACCAAGCCCAUCCUGGAUGUGGUGGUGACCUGUUACACGCUCAUUAAAACGGCUGAAUCCAAAGGCGCCAACACCACUUGGCCGUCAGUCAUAGCUGGCAUCGUGGUGGCACUCACUGCCAAGGUUCUUAGAGCGUUUUCGCCCCGCUUUGGUAAACUGGUGGCAGAGGAAGCCAGGAGGAAAGGAGACCUGAGAUACAUGCAUUCGCGCAUCAUUGCCAAUUCAGAGGAGAUCGCCUUCUAUGGGGGACAUAAGAUCGAGAUGUUGCAGCUGCAGCGGAGCUACAACGCGCUGUCCAGGCAGAUUAACCUGAUCUUGUUUAAGAGGCUGUGGUAUGUCAUGCUGGAGCAGUUCCUGAUGAAAUAUCUCUGGAGCGCAUCGGGCCUGGUUAUGGUCGCUGUGCCUAUCAUCACUGCCACCGGAUACUCUAAAUAUGAUUCAGAGGAUGUGAAACAGGCAGCUCUUGAUAUGAAGGAGGAGGACCUGGUGAGUGAACGUACACAAGCAUUCACCACUGCCCGCAGCCUCCUGAAUGCUGCAGCCGAUGCUGUGGAGAGGAUCAUGGUCUCCUACAAAGAGGUCACAGAACUGGCUGGCUAUACAGCACGUGUGUAUGAGAUGUUCGAGGUGUUUGAGGAUGUCCGUGACGGUGUGUAUCGCCGUUCCACCACAGAGGUGAAGCCAGAAGAGACUGGAGCGGCUCAGAAAGUUACACAUGGCAUGAGAGUGGAGGGACCGCUGCAAAUCAGAGGUCAGGUGAUUGAUGUGGAACAGGGCAUCAAAUGUGAAAACCUGCCCAUAAUAACUCCUACAGGCGACGUGGUGGUUUCCAGCCUGAACAUGCAGGUUGAUGAAGGAAUGCAUCUGCUGAUCACGGGACCCAAUGGUUGUGGAAAAAGCUCUCUGUUCAGGAUCCUGAGUGGACUCUGGCCUGUGUACAGUGGCGUGCUCUACAAACCCUCACCCGAUCACAUGUUUUACAUACCUCAAAGGCCUUAUAUGUCGGUGGGAACACUGCGAGAUCAGGUGAUUUAUCCUCAUUCUGUUCAGGAGACGCAGGAGAAGGGCAUUUCUGACCGGCAGCUGGAAGAUAUCCUGCAAACCGUGAGCCUCCGUUAUAUCCUGGAGAGAGAGGGAGGCUGGGAUGCAGUGAGCGACUGGAAGGACGUGUUGUCAGGAGGAGAGAAGCAGAGGAUGGGCAUGGCAAGGAUGUUUUACCAUAAGCCUCAGUACGCUCUCCUGGAUGAGUGCACGAGCGCUGUGAGUAUUGAUGUGGAGGGCAAAAUCUUUGAAGCCGCAAAGGAUGCCGGGAUUUCGCUCCUCUCCAUUACGCACCGUCCUUCUCUCUGGAAGUACCACUCGCACCUGCUGCAGUUCGACGGCGAGGGCGGCUGGCGCUUCGAGAAGCUGGACGCCUCCACACGCAUCUCCCUGCAGGACGAGAAGAUCCGACUGGAGACCCAGCUCUCAGGAAUCCCCAAGAUGCAGCAGCGGCUGACGGAGCUGUGCCGGAUUCUGGGGGAGGACAGCAGCCUGCCGACCCCAGGGGAUGAGGAGGAGGACGAGGAGCAGACGGAGAGAGACGUACAGUCUGCUGGGAAAGACAAAGACCUUAUGGAGUGAUUUGCAGGCAGAUGACGGAUGUGUGUUGCAGGCCAGGUGUGAGUGUUUGUGUGUGUGCAUAUCUCUGCCUACAUACAGUUGAAGUCAAAAU